ACCGCGUCUUCCGCGUGGGCUCUGAUGCUGACUCACCCGCCGCUCCGAUCAAUUCUGGCCUCUCUGCCGUAGACCACUGAGUCUUCUCUGCGCAGGUUGGAUGCCGGACUCAAUUUAAAUCAUUCGGGGUUUUAAUGAAGUUAACGAGUUGCGCCUCCGAGAGGGAAUUUUGCGCUUUUCUUAAGAAAUGACGGACUCGCCGUGACUCAUAAGGUCGCUUUGUUUCGGUAAUAGGCUGGAGGAUUAAGUUAUUACGCGGUAUUCGGUAAGACUCUGUCAUCCGGAGCUGGUCUUCGACUCCAAAGUCGUGUUUGUUUUGAAAGGAAGACUCGUGUUUUAAUGGAUAUGUAUAGUUGUACACAUUUGGGAAUGUUAAUUUCAGAUAACUAACUGCAUUCAUUAAACAAAGGGAAAAAAACGACGUUUUUGACACCUCCCAACUGUUGCAGGAAUGUACGAAUCUUUUGGUCGAACCAACCACCGUAAAUCCGAAGAUUUUUUUACGAAGCCAGCUACCGCUAGAACCUGCGUCACACGACCAGCGAAAAGAAUCGAACGAGUCCGAGCUCACGCGACAUGAACGGCCGCGUUUUUGCCGUCAACCGGUCGCCAGUUCUCGCCUGGAAUAUUGAGCCCCAGCUUCAAGUGCCGUAUCCUGACAUGCCAGCCGCCGCCGCAGCCGCUAUUUCGCCUAUCGUGCCCGCAGCCUCCGACCCGUAUGGCCGCUGCUGGCAAAACCAAGUGGAUUCUGGUACCAGCUUUCCAUAUUUUGGAACAUUGUAUAAUAAUUCACUGCCUCCAACGGCUUAUCGCUUACAACCAAGCUGUAUGUCUAACCUUGGACAGUUUUGGCCUCCCACUCCUCCACCAGAUGGCUGUGGCAGAUUUGAUGGUAGUAAUUUGUAUUUUGGUCCACCAGUUUUGAGACAUGCUGAAAAUAUGUCAUCAAAUAUCCGUAACUCAUUCCCAAGCCUUGGGCAUUAUUCUCAUCUUGUUGAAACUCCAAAAGAGCAAAAUCAGCGUUUGUUCAAACGAGAAACGCAGAUUUCCCCUAAUGUUAGUGCACCAAGCAUAUCUAUGUGCUCAUCUGGUUCAAAGUCUGAUAACCUAAAUAGUUGUUGUGUUGUUGAUAGUAAAAUGAAAUCUCAAAUUUCUAUAACCCAUAGCCUUCCCAAGCCAGAUCUACAUAUAGUAUCUUCAGGCCAUGAACCAUAUUUAUGUGCUCCUGAUAUCAGAAGCAGCUCAAGUGUACAUCCAUCCACAGAUAAAUCUUGUUUUUCACCAUCUCAUACAAUGAAAAAUAAUUUGAAUUUUCAUAGUUCAUCUCAGGACAACAUCCACAGAACGAAAUCCAUGCCUGGAAAUCAGGAAAACUGUAAUGCUUCACCUCUAAAAAAUGUCUAUUUUUCGCAUUACGAAAGUGAAAACAUCAAUUCUGUGCACAGUAAAAAUUUUGAAAAGAGUAAUGAAAGACAAUUUCAGAUUGAACAUAAAAAUAGUCCACAUAUGAGUGGUAAUAAAUCCAAGCAUCUAUAUCAGUCACCAAAUAGUUAUAGCCUUGCCAAUUUUUCACCUAAAAAACAAAAUUAUCAAAGUGGACAAGAUUUCCACAAUGGGAUGCCGAACUCAAAUGCAGCCAGAGUAGAUAAAGAUGGCGUAAUGUUGAUCAAAGAACAUUACAAGCAUAAGUCAAACAUAUGUAAAGUGAAACCUGAAAAAAGUGUUCACUCUGAUUGCAAAUUUCAAAAGAACAUCUCAAAAAGUUCUGUAUUGAUUCAGGGACCAGAAUAUAAAAACUCUGAUGUGUUCAACAUCCCUACCUCAGUUUUACAUCCUAAAAUUGAGCCAAGUGAUAAAUAUUUUCUAUCUAGCUGUUCUUCCACUGCACCAAGCUGUAUGGCUUCUUCUUAUACAACUUCAGGUCCAUUUCUCAUUGAUAAAGAUUUACCUUCAGAUCUCAGGCCAAGUGCUAGCUAUCAUAAUAACAUUUAUCAAAAUUCUUGCUCUCUUGGUAAACCAUGGCAUUAUAAUGAAUUGCCUACUAUUAGCUUGGACAGCUACUUCCAGUCACCUGAAGCAGCCAAGCCACCAUCUCGGAAUCCACCUGGUGUUUCCCCAGCUCUUUAUGAAGGUUUAAUAUCUGUUGCUCAAACUGCCCCUCAAGAUAUUGAAGUUGUAAAAGUAGCUGGGACAUUGCAGAGUAACAUUCACCCUCCUUCUCUUGCUAAGAACUGUAAAACUUUUGAAACUGAUGAUGAAGUUCAAAUAAUUGGUGUACAGACAAAAAAUUCAUCAGCUAAAUAUGAAGCAAGGCAUUCAUCUGAGAAAAAAUCAAGUGCUCAUCAACCCAUCCCCACUUCAGAACCUCUAUGCUUAAAACAAACUAAAAUAGAACCAGGCAUUGGAUUUUGUAAAAGUGAUUCUGAUCCUGAGGAGCAUAAAAGAAUGAAAUCACCUCUUGUAUCACCACCUACUCUGAGAUGUGAAACCAUUAUUUUAGAUGAGGAAGAAAAGAAACCCAAUUUACUGCCUGAAAAUUUGAAAAUCAGUACUGAAAAACCAGUUUUAUUACAAAAUGAUGAUUCAGAUUUCAAAUCAGAUUGCAAGAAUGGAUCUCCAUGUAAAACUAUAUCUAUUAAACAAGAAUCAAUCAGUGAGACUGAAUCAGUCAGUGAAUCUGAAAUGCUGCCUGUUGAAUGUUUUGAUGAAAGGAAAAAUGGUACAAUUUUAUCAAAGCCUUGUGAACUCUCUGGUCAGGGUGACUCUAAAACCUCUGAAAAGGAAAUAAAAGUGAGAGAAGAUGGAAAAAUAAUUGUAAAGGUUGAAACUGUCCAAGAUCAGGAAAUAGCAUACAAUGAAAACCAUGGACUUAAUAUGUUAUUAAAUGGCAUUGAGAAAGUAAUAUCCUUUGAAAAGUCUGAUCACAAUUUGAACCAUUCUUCAUAUAUAGAGGAAAAACUUAUAAAUCCUUGUGAAGUUUCUAAAGAUGUUUCUAAUGAGCAUGUCUCUACCUAUAAUUCAUUAAAAAAGAUUAAUAUCCGUGGUUUAGACCUCCUGUCUGUAAUAGCAGGACAACGUUUAGUAUCUGAAUUUGAUAACAUUAAGUCAGAAACUGUUGAUGGAAGUUUAAAUUGCAACUAUCCUGAGGUGAAAGAAUGCAAAAUAUUAUCAGAAGAUCAGUCAAAACAAGUCUCUGAUAUUUCCAAGAAUUCCUAUAAAACUUCUGUAUCUGAAAUUCAAAAUAGGCUUGUUGAAUUGAGGAAGAAAUAUAAACAAAAGCAAAAAGAACUGUCCCGUUUGAAACCUAAAAAGAGGUUUGCUAAUUCAUAUUUGAAAGGAAAGCAAAAGGCGGCAAAAGAUAAUUCUGAUGACAGCUCAUUUUCAAACAACUCAUGCACAACAGAUGAGAACAGAAACAGUUCUUUUUGUUCUAUGAACAGUGAUCAUGAAGCUGAAAAAAUGGAAACUGUAAAUGAAAGGCUUGACGAUUCAAAUUACAAGACUGAAUGUGAAAACGUAGUGGAUAUGAAAACAAAGCGCAGCCCACGGAUUUCAUCCAUUAAAAGAGAGUGUUCUGAAGAAAUCUCGCCAACAUGUUUGGAAAGAAGAGUCACUAGGAGAAAUUUAGGGAAAUCAAAAUCCAGCUCUAAACUAUUGGAAAUGUCAGAAGAAUCAAAAAGUAUAAAAAGAAAUUCUAAAAGUAAAUCUAGCAACCUGAAAAAAUACCAAGAAUCAGCCUUGAAUUGCUCACCUAAUGCCUCUGCAUCAUCAGGCUCAAAAUCAUCUUUGUGGAACAAAAGUUCUUCAAAAAAAUCUUCUCGUCUUUCAGAAGGCACCAAAGUUUAUUCUUUACGUCACUCGUCCCAGAAUCCAAAUAAAAAGAUUGAAUCAACUGAGAUAACAGCAUUUGUUUCAAAAACCAUAUCCAGUAAAAGGAAAUCUGAUAAUCCUAAGAAAUAUAUACCAUCAAAACAGAGCAAAAUGAGUGAAACUAUAAUUGCAAAACAGCUGCGAAGUAGAAUAUUAUUUGAUACAUCUGGUACUACAUCUGAUGAUGAUAAUUUAAAGGAUGGUGUUCCAGAUGAUUUAUAUAUUGCUUUAAUGAAAUGCCAUUUAGGAGAUGAAACUAAGAGUGGAAAUAAAUUGUUAAAAAAUAUUGAUACAUCUAAAUCUUCUGGUGAAGGUCCUUUUGGAUAUCCAGAGCCCAGUCUAUUGAGCACAGAGCAUUUAGUUGAAAGGCAAAGAUUAUUGGCUUUAGAAGACGGUUUAUUUUAUGCUGGUUUCAUCAAAGAGUGCAAUGCUCCAAAAAAAUUUGGAAUAGUUUUAGAUGGACAGAGAGGAAAUAGACUCCAUAUGUUUACCCGAGAAGAACUCCUUACUCAAGCUAUUGUGGAGUCCAAACCUCUCACUUCAGAACUUCCAGAAGGUACUCGAGUUUGUGCUUACUGGAGUCAACAAUAUCGAUGUCUUUAUCCUGGUGUUAUUGGAAAAGCUCCUUGUCCAAGUGCAGACUGGUCAGAACCUAGGGUCUUUGUUCUCUUUGAUGAUGGUGAUUCAGGUCAAAUUCCAACAAAGAAUGUGAGAUUAAUACCAGAAGAUAUUAUUCCAAUUGAAAGGGUUACUAAGACUGAUCAUGAGAAUGAAUUAAGUGGCUGUUAUAGCAAACAAAGAACAAGUAGUAGAGGAAGAUCCCGGAAACUAAAAUGUUCCACUCCAAAGCGUUCAAAUAUCAAACAUAGUGAUGCAAGUAAUGAAAAUGAAUCCAAAGAAUCUAGCUGUGCAAGCAUCAAUGAAUCGUCUUGUGAUGAUAGUUGUUUUAUGGAUUAUUCUUUGUCUCCUAGUCAAACACCAGAAAACCGUAAUAGCAUCUCCUAUUCUGUGAUGAACAGCUGCACAGAUAGUGGAAAGCUGGAUAAGAGACAAAGAAAGCAUUCAAAGCGAAGGACUUCUCGCCGAGUUAAACUUGAGCGUGUUGAUUUGUCAGAAGUAAAGGAUAAGUGCGAGGCCAAAACCAAGCGUCAUAAAAAAUACAAAGACAAGCAUCGCAAGCAUCAUCACCACCAUCACCGGCAUCAUCAUCACCACCACCACCAUCAUCAUUCCAAAAAGCGAAAGCACCGAAGGAAAAAUGCUAAAAAUGUAACACCUCAGGACUUGGAGAACUGCAUUCCAUGUAACAACAACCUCAAAUCUUACAAAGAUAUUCAACCAAGAGCAAAAGCAUGCACAGACCUCAUAGAACAUUCCAGCACUGUAAAUCUACCUCAAAGUGAACAAAAUAGAGUUUGCUAGAGAAGAUUUUACUUUGGGGGGAAAUGGGGUUACUUAAAAAGAUAUGUAAAAAAAAAUGAUAAAUUUUGUUUUUCUAUAUGAUGUUUACUGCAUUGGCUUUUAUGUGUGUAUGCAUGCAUGUGUGAUAUAAUUGCAGAUGUACAGUGAAGAAUAGUGUCUUUGAAAUUCUUAUGCUUACCAUCCUUAUAUAAAUACAAGUUACAGAUUGGGAAAAAAUCUUGUACAAUUCUAAGGAAAAGGAAGAAAAAAAACUUAGUUUCAAUGAAAGCUUGGUUCAUUAAAUAGCUUCCCUGCAUACUGUGCAAAUAGAUCUUACAUUUUUUAUUUAUGUUCAAAGCUUAAGUAUUUAAACUUAUUGCAUAUACUGUAUGCCUUAAUUAUUUAUUUGAUAAUAAAUUUUUGAUUGUCAACACUAAGUAAAUAGUAGAAAAUCUUGUGCACCACUAAAUAUAAUAUGAAAGUUUCAAAACAUUUCAAGUUUAAUUUGAAGUUCAGUUUUUCAACUAAUAUUCAGUAUACGUUUUAGAUCAUUCCAGGUAUGUUUUUUUAUAGAUGCAAUCUAUUUUAUCCUUGCAAUUUUUUUCCUUUCUUAUUUUAUUUGUUCAUUCAUUCAUAUUUUAUUCCCAUAAAUCAAAUUAACAUGCUACGAAGAGAGAAAGAAAUAAGGGCAAAGUAAUAAAAUUAAAUCAAAUUAGAUAUUUUCUUUCUUUAUCAACAGAUUGUUAAGUGUUAUUGAUUUAAGUCCAGCAUGAAAAUAUGCUUUCCACAUUUUACACCCACUCUCAAAAAAAUUUUAAUUUUGUUUGUGGAGUUUUCUUACUAUAUAUAAAGGGGGGGGGGUGAAGCAAUUUUUGAUUGAAUAAAUGAUUUAAUUCCCCUUUUUACUUACAAAUAUCAGAUUUGUUUUUUACUUUUUUAAAAAAUCAUUUAAGAGAUAGAUUUUUGUGGUAGUUUUUUUUUUUUUUUUUUUUUUUGUAAGUAAUUUAUGAAGAUGAAAUAAAUUUUGUUUUCAACAGUUUAUUUUUUUAAAAAAAACAUCAGUUUGCCUUCUGUAAAUAAAAAGAUUGGAGUACAUCAAUUAUAAUCGUUAGAAAAUUGAAGCUGCUGUGCAUUUUUAUAUUAUAAUACAGGAGAAAAUAUAGUAGUCCAAAUAUGUUUGUUCAGUUACAUAUUUUCCUUCUUAGUUUUUGUGGGGGGGGGGGAUCUGACUUUGUUACCUAAUAAUACUAUUUUGAGUGUACAAGAUUUACAUUUUGUACAAUGUGCCAAGGGAAGCAGAAUUAAAUGUUUUAAAACCUUGCUUUCUGUCUUCAAAGUUAAAAAAUUGCAAAAAAGAAAAAAAAAAAAAAAUUUUUUUUGGAGUGUUUUGUUCUAUGUGUAAAGUAAAUACAUAGGAAAUAUCAAAUUUAUAAAUAUUUAUCUUGUGGGGUAGAAAGUUUUAUUAUCUGUUGAGUUUUAAGUCCUGUUUGCUUUUAUUGAUUUGUUAGUAAUUUCUUCAUGUGCUUAAGAUGCUAUUCGCUUUUAUGAAUGUCUAUAAUGUACAGUAUAUAUAAUAAAAGCCUCUUAAUGAUUUUAUUUUUUACAAAGAAACUAAAAUAUGUACGUUCUUUGAGUUCUGUAAAUUUUUAUGUACCAUAACAAUAAACCUCAAAGUAUGUGA